AUGUAUUUGGUCGACGCCUCACGCGCUCUGAACGAUGAGAGCAUCGCAUCGCCGAACGCGUCUCCUCCGCCGCCGCUACGGACAACUCGUCGCAGCGACACGUGUUACAGGUAUUUCGCUCGUCGCGUCGUCGUCCUGCGACGCGCCGCGCCGCGCGAGGGAUCCCUGACGGCCCCGGCGUCAGUCGCACACGCGCGACGCGACGUCCUCAUGACGUCCAUCUUCCGCGCGCUCGCGAUCGCGACGAUCCUUCUCGGAUGCGUCGGCUCCGUCGCCGCCGUCGGCGAGCUCAAGGCCGUGGACUACGGCGAAGUCGUCGCCGCGCAGCACUUCAACAUCGACGGCAUCGUCACCGUCAAGAAGAUGCCGGGCGUGAAGACGUCGGACGUGAAGGUCACGCUGACGAUCAACGGCGCGCAAAAGAUCGCGACGCGGAUCAAACCCACCGGAGAGUUCACCCUGUUGGACGUCCCGCCCGGGUAUCACCACCUCGAGACGUUCGCGCUCGGGUACACGUUCCCGCCGCUGCGGUUGCGGAUCACGUCGGACGGCGGUAGGGAGUGCCACUUCGCGGAGGACGUGGACGAGGCGGUGCACGUCAACCCGCUCGUGCUCUCCCCGGUAUCCGUCGCGGAGUACUUCGAACCCAGAGGCGGAUUAUCCGUCGGCGCUCUGAUGAAGAACCCGAUGUUCUUGAUGGUCGCGUUCACGGUCGUGAUGGCGUUCUACAUGCCGAAGAUGAUGGAGAGCAUGGACCCGGAGGCGCUGAAGGAGAUGCAAGAGCAGAUGGGGAACCCGCCGUCCCUCGCGGACAUGUUCGGGGGGGGGAACGCGGGCGCGAGCGAGAAGGGGACGACGGGCGCGGAACGGCGCGCGGCGGCGGCGGCGAAGUCAUAG